AUGGUGGGUGAGCGUUUGCGGUACUUAUCCAAUCCCAGAGAUCCUUUGAUACCACCAGCUUCAUCAUCUACUUUGCAGCUGGUGUCAAGUACGGGAUCCAUCAAGGCAAUGUACGCUACGAGCCCCGAUGAGGACGAGGAAGCGCGCACGUAUGCUGUGAGUCUGGUAAUGGGAGCCUGCCUCCGCGUGACACUGAAGGCGGCUAUCGAGCUCCAGCCCCGGGAGAUCAUCGUCAAGGAUGGCCACAGCGCCCAGCUCAGCCCCGCCCACAUCGCCACCCAACUGCCCACCGGGAACCCCCAUGCGGCCGAUAUGGUGGAUCGGAUCCUUCGUCUGCUCGCCACCUACGGUAUCUAUAAUUCACGUAUAAAAUAA